GUUUUUUGAAGUUGUUGUUCUUUCUGCCAAUUGUUUCGUUCUGAAAAUAAAAUCAUGCAGGCUACUUCCAGUGCAAUCCGCAGCCCGAACUCGUCCGGGCAGCUGCGGCCGCUGCAAAUAGGCAGCUCCGCCGCAACAAGCAGCACGGCACCACGAGGAGUGCUGCCGCCAGGACCAGUAGCAGAACAACUUCCCGCAGGUGGUGCACCGCCAGCCACAACUAUGUCCUCAGGUGGAGCCACAACUAUGUCCUCAGGUGUAACAUUUUCCCAGGCCGAGCAAGAGUCCGCGAUUGCGGCCCGGCUGGACGCCUUGAUUGCGGAGCGGGUGGAAGCGGAGGUCUCCGCGUACGACGAGUAUCUUAUGCUGCACUUGACAAACCGGUUUAAGGAAAACGAAGAGAAAAUUCUCACACUAGUUGAGGACAAAGUCAUGCGGCAACUGGAGGCGUCGGUCGCCCUCGCAGGUGCAGCUGCACAUGAUCAAGAAAACGCGAAGACCAUCACAGCUGAAGACAGCAAAUCAGAAAAUAUUAAAGCGUCUCGUACGA